AUGGACCGCCCAGAACCAGGGCUCGUCAAAUGGUCAUCCAAUCCUUCAUGGGACAACUUCAUCCACAUCAACCUCCAGCACCGUGUUGUCCAGGUCUAUGAGCCCGUUGGACACGCCAGGGCAGGACGAUUUGACUACAAGAAACUCAACCGUCACGAUGACUUCCCUCCGCUCACUACUUAUGACUGGUCACCCACCAACCCUGGCCUUCUUGCCGUCGGCACUGGGAGCGGUAUUGUGAACCUGUUAAGGAUCGACGAUGGAUCCAAUGCAUACGUUGAGCUGGGUCUCAAGAUGUCUCGCACGUGUCAGGCUGUCGCAUUCAACACCACAGGCCUAUUAGCUGUUGGCCUUGACCGCGUUCGGAUGGACCAAUGUCUUCAUAUCUGGGAUGUUAGCCGCCUGUCUUCGCUUGACAAGAACACACAGGGUUUUCCAUCGGAUGCCACCAAUAUUUCAGACCCCAAGCAUCGCCUUGAACCAAGUGUGUCUGUAUCUAGUAUCAAGUUCUUUGAGGACAGCCCCCAGACGCUCGUGGUGGGCAUCAAGGCCCAAGGACUUCGCAUACAUGAUCUUCGCGAUCCGGGCAGUGUUGUUACAUUUCAGACCAAAUGCAACAACAACCUCACGAUUGAUUAUGCUGAUCAAAACUACUUUGCAUCAUCCGCCCUGGACCAUCCCGGUGUCAUGAUCUGGGAUCGGCGCGCAACCACGAGGCCUGUGGCUGCUCACUCUUACCUACAGGCGGUUGAUGAAGAUGACCUGCCUUGGGGAGGAGCUCUGCGUCUUGACCGAGUGAUCGAGACAGAUUCCGACCCCUUCUUAGCAGAUGGCAAGUAUUCUCUUGUCAGAUCCCUACGUUAUUGUCGCGACCACCGAGGCCUCCUGGCCGUAUUGUCGCGUACUGGUCAGCUCAAGGUAUUAAAGACCAACAAAGAAACCCCGUCGGCCAGCUCUAGCGGCCCAGAGCUCCUCCAGGUCCAGAAAUCUUAUGAGAUGGAUGUCUCAUAUGUCGAAACAUCAAGGAAGAAUGAUCGUAUAGUCGCCUUUGACUGGGUGACAUUGAGCUCUCCUGUUCUUCGCCCACGACUUCUUGUUCUACGAGCAAAUGGAAACUUUGAGAUCUUGGAGCAGCCAUCCCAUACGUCAGAUCACGUCUACAAGCUUGUGCCCUGGCAAGCACCGCAUCGUGGCCUUGAAGAAGGAGCUCCCUACCACACCAUGAUGCAAUUCGAACCAUCCCAGGCUCCAGACAUUCUGGGGCCUCUGCUCAUGGAAGAGGCCCUGUCAGAUGUCCCGCUCUUUGGACCAGAGAGCGCAAACGUUCGGGCAGACACCGAAGCUGCAAUACAAUCAAAUACCCUUUCUUCCGUCUCGAUAGAGAACGUCGGGGCAACUCUUUCGCCCUUGCCCGAGGCAUUCCAUGAAGCCUCUACUGUUGCUCCAAAGAUAAGGGCCCUGCGCGCUUUUGUGAGGGACGAGUUCCAAGCUCCUAAAUCAGCAAACGGUGUUAAGCCACGCGCCGGCGACACCAAGAUCGUUCAAAGCCAGAUGAGUGAGAUGUCUCUAGCAUCUGAUAGCCUGGGCUCAUGCCGUGAGAUCCAUGAUGCGCUGUUGGCUUCGCUGGCGGAGGCGGAGGGACUCCCCAGGGAAGCACAAAACGUCAUUGACCAUACAAUGCUCUUGCGUGCCAAGGAAAAGUAUCUUUUCGAUGCCGUCGCCAAUAGAGACAUUGUAGCAGAUGACCCCUGGGUCAAGUAUGUCUGGGAUUGGAUUGCAACCGCAGAAGACACUGCUGAUGAUGGAGGUUUGAUCCUUUCGAGCCUCGAUCUCAGCUACUUGGGCGUUCACUCAAUAUGGACAAACAAUCUAGGCCGUGAUCCUUCAACUAGACUACCAGCCGGCACAUCACCACCUGAUCGAUCAACCUGGGAGCGUUUAAUCGGGUCCUUUUGUAAGAAGAACCACCUCCCCAAGUUUGACGGGAAAACCACCAAGUGGCCUUGUCAUCGUCAGCUCUGUCUUGAGAUAUGCGGCUGGGGCGACUCUGAGAAGCACGAUCCCAAGGGCCGCAACCGCAAGGCAGACCCUGAGUAUCCCACCACCAUCCAUACCAUGGCCGCUGCUCGAGCCUUGUUCACGGGUGACCACAAAGAGGCCAUUCAGAUCCUUAAAAAGGCCAGCACCGCGCACCCAGAGCUCUUGUUUGUGUCAUUGGCUCUACAGCUCAUGGGCCGUGGUGAUAGCCAGCUCGCCAAGGAGCAAUUGGACUUUGACGAGGCCGUAGCCUCCAAGACUGACCCCUAUCUUCGUGCUAUCUCGUCACUCAUCGCGACCGGGGACUGGUCAGCCAUCGCCAGCCAGCAAUCCUUGCCCCUCUCUGAUCGAGUCUAUGUCGCCGUCCGCAACUUUGACGACGAUCAACUUACCGCAUGGCUUAACGACCAGGUCGCCCUAGCAGUAGCCGAUGGCGACAUCGAGGGUAUCGUUCUUACAGGCAUCUCGGAGACUCUGGUUGAUAUCUUUGCUCGCUACAUACAAAAGUUCCACGACGUUCAGACCGCGGCCCUCGUCCUCUCCAUCUGUGCCCCCCGUUAUAUCGACGACAUCCGCUGCCGCGCCUGGCGUAACGCCUACCGAGCUCACCUUCAACGCCACAAGCUCUUCUUUCAUCGCACAAAGUUCGAUGUCGAGUCCACCAAACGCUCCAAGCGUGACGGAAUCCCCAACCUCAAACCUCCCUCGCGACAGAUCGCCCUCCGCUGCGUCUUCUGCGACGCCGAAACCUCGCUUGUCAACAACCACCAGCCGCCUCACCUUGGUGCUGGCACCUCGGCGCAGGGAGCUGCCGGCCCUUCAUCGCUCGAGACGCGGAAUCCGCUCCUUGCCACUAGCAUCAACGCUGGUGUGAGCUGCCCCAACUGUGGCCGCCACCUCCCGCGCUGCGUCGUCUGCCUCGAGAUUGUCGGCGUGCCGCGCUCCGACAAGCCCGAGGAGAAGGGCGAGGGCAGAAUGGCAGGCCGAUUCCCAACCUUUUGCCUACGCUGCGAACAUGUCUUGCAUCUAGAUCACGCCAGGCAGUGGUUUGCUAGACAUGUCGAAUGCCCGGUACCCGAAUGUCGUUGUCGUUGCAAUUUCAGGGCAAACCCGGAGUUGAGUUAUCAUUAG